UGGUGGGAACUGGGGUGUCGGAUGUCCGUGGAGCCGUGAACGCAACCUGAGGAAAGUUUCCCAGAGAUCAUAAUUAGUGAGUUUGUUCUUGUCACAGUGAAGAAAACUGUCUUAUUAUGCAGGAGAGGGACUGUGCAGAAGUUUCCUCUGAGCUCUGACAGUCUGUUGAGUUUGUCUGGUUUGUUUUUGGCACCAAAAGUCUCCAAAAACGCACCAUGUCGGAGCAGAGCGCAGAGAAACCGGAACAAAGAGGCGACUCUGUGAACCCCAGAGCGGUUUGUAACGUGUGUGAUCGCCUCUACCGGGACCCGAAGAUCCUGCCCUGCCUGCACAGCUUCUGCUCGGACUGCAUCGCCCAGCUGGAGCCGUUCUCCGAGUCUCCGCCGCGCCGCCGCCGGGACGCAGCGGAGGAUCGGAGCGGCGAGGACCGAUCCGCCGUCACCGUCACCGUGCUCUGCCCCGACUGCGACUCCGAGGUGGAGCUCCCUCCGUCCGGGCCGGCCGGGCUGAGCACCGACCACCUGGCUCUGGAUGAGGUGUUCCUGGAGACGCUGGUGAGCGACGGACCGCUGGGCUGCGACCUGUGCGGGGAAGGAGGCGCCGGGAGCCGCUGCGAGGUUUGCUGCGUCAACCUGUGCGAGUUCUGCUGCCAGGCGCACAGGCGUCAGAAGCGAACAUCGUCUCAUUGUGUGCAGCCUCUGGAGGAUCUGAAGGCUGGAGGUCGCCUCUGCCGGCCCGUCCUCUGCUCCCUCCACCCUGGACAGGAGCUCCGGCUCUUCUGCCAGCCCUGCGACCUCCCCGUCUGCCUGGAAUGCGCCGCCACGCUGCACCGCGACCACCGAUGCUGCCCCACUCAGGACGUCAUCGAUCGCCACGGAGACCGCAUCCGGGAGCUGGUCGCCGGGCGACUGCGACCUCGACUGGAGCGUCUGGAGCAGUCGCUUCAGAAGGUAGAAGCUUCCCAGGAGUCUCUGCAGACGCGAGUGGAGGCGACGGCCAGCGAGGUGAGGUCGUUCGCACGAAGCUACGCCAGCGCUGUGGAGGAACACUGCCUGUCGCUGCUGCGUCGCCUCGAGGAGCUCCGAGUCCAACGAAGGAACCAGCUCCACCUGCAGAGGGCGCAGCUCCAACAGGCGCUGCUGGACGUCCGCGGCGGCGUCGACUUCGCCGAGCGGCUGCUGAGCUGCGGCUCCGACGCCGAGAUCCUCAGCGCCAAAGGGGUGACGCUGAGGAGGCUGACCAGCCUAUCGGAGAGCGGCUACGACCCCCACCCGGCAACCGUCGCCCCUGACGACGGCGGCGGCAUCUGCUUCGUGCCCGGCGAGCCGGCGGGCGAGGUGGAGGGAUACCCGGUGGUCGGAGUGAUCAACUCCAGGACGGUGGACGUCAGCAGGUGCACCAUCGAAGGGGAAGGUCUGCAUCGAGGCGUUCAGGGCCAGAGAGGAAACUUCACCCUGGUGUGUCGAGACCCGGCUGGAGAGCAGGUGGUCCGAGGUGGAGAGAACGUCCAGGUCAGCAUCGUCCACAGAGAGAAGAAGAAAUGCACCGUGGAGACGACGGUGGUGGACAACAAUGAUGGAUCCUACAGUGUUUCAUUCACACCUGAAGAACCAGGAGUUUAUUCAGUGUGGGUUUGUGUCAAAGCUCAGCAUGUCAAGGGUUCUCCAUUUGUUCUGACUGUAAAGAGGAAGUUGAGGCGUCACAGUGGGACGUUUCACUGCUGCUCAUUCUGCUCCAGUGGAGGAGCUAAAGAGGCUCGAUGUGGCUGCACAGGAACGAUGCCAGGAGGGUUUAAAGGCUGUGGUCACGGCCAUAAGGGACAUCCAGGGAAGCCUCACUGGUCCUGUUGUGGCAGCACAGUGCAGCAGUCCGAGUGUUUGCCUCAGAGCGUUUUGGCUUCAGUUUCCCCUCAAAGCCACCUGAGAACCGUGGAGCUCUGAAGGCGGCGAGAUGAUGUAAGUUGAUACAGUACGGCAGCAAGAAAGCUUCGGGUUUGUGUUGGAAACAUUGAAAAGAUCAGACAGAGGAAGUAAAACUCUGAAGACACAGAUACAGGAGCCAGUUUCUCAUUAGAGACAAACAAGGACAAACACCAAAGUGUGAGGUUGAAACUCUCAAUCUGUGCUGUAAAGUGCCUUUUUUGACAAAACUCUGCCACCUUAAUGUCUACUCCAAAAUCAAAUGUGGUAAAAGUUUGGAUGUCUUGAUCAAGUUUUUCUUGCUUUUGCUCCUGAUUCAAGCGGAGUCCUUUAGUAUAGCUGUAGAUUAGCUGUAGUACCUGCUUAUGCCACCAGGUGGAACCUCUUCGGUGGGAAGUUAAGUAAAGGAGCACCGUGACAGAGACUUCCAUGAGACUUUAGUGAGAUCAGGCCAGCACACACGUUUUAAAUCACUCUAAAGGAAUGACGUGACCACAGAUUAGAUUAGAUGUAGUACCUGAUUGCGCCACCAGAGCCUCCUGAUGUCUAAUACUGCUACUUUCUGAUCAAGAUAAACAACAUAGUGUGAGUAAUGAAUGUGAAUCAAGUUUUAUUGGUUUAAUGCUGAAAACAUCUCUCCAUAUGCAUAUGAUUCUACUGUUGUUUUACCUGAUAAUGGCCUAAAUAUACUAAAUACACAAUUUAUCUAAAUACAACUCAUAGUAACCAACUUAAAAUACAGAAAAAAAUAUAGUAGUGUUUUGGAAUAAAUGCCUGAAACAAUAGCUUGUUAGUUAAAGAGUACUAUUUCAGCGGAUUGAAUCUUUAAAAUUCCAAAUAUUUGGACAUAUAGUAAUAUUUUUUCUUGAAUAACACUUUAAAUCAAUAGCUUGCUAGUAAGUAAUCUUUGGCUGAAAUAAACCUUUAAAACUACAUACAGUCUUUUGGCUAAAAUAACCUUGCAAACUAUAGGAACUUGGACAAAAAGUAGUACUUCUUUGUGUGGAAUACUAGUAGUAUUUUGGGUGGAAACAGCCUUUGAAACCAUAAGUCGUGCAGUAGGUGACGCUGUUUCAAAAUAAAUGCGAUUCAGACAUGCAGACCUAGAAAUGUGGUUCUGAAAGUGCAGCAGAGAGCAUUGUGGAUGUUUAGCUAGUAAAGGAGUACCAUGACAGAGACUUAAUGACCUCCAGCCAGGAGACCGGUGUUGAGUUAAACUGGGAUAAACGAGGACGCUGAUUCACACAUUUUUACAGGAAUUAUUGUGGAGUAUUUUUGCUUUUUAAUCUGAAAAAAGAUGGAUAAACACGCAGUCUGUCCAAUCUCGCAAGUGUAGCAAAAAUCCCGACGCUUUAACAACGAUGGAUCCGGCAAUGUUACAUAUCCAAAGUCUGAAAAGGCUUAUUUAGCAUCUUAAAUGUAAAAUUUAUUAGAAUAGAAAUAGCAAGAAUCUCUAGAAAGUAUUUUUGUAUCCUACUGAAAUAUAGUUCAUGUACAAUUAUAAUGCUGUAAAAUAUACAAUAUUUUCUGUUAAUUAGCAUCUCAUAUUGUGUAAGAAACAUAGCAGUCUAUAAACUUUAUAUUUAACAUUGAUAUCCGCAUCAAUAUUUUACUUUAAUUUAGAAUUUCCUUUACAGUAGCAACAUAGUGUCCACUGUGUAUUCAAUUUAUUAGGUGAUGAAUGUACAGUUCUUGUACUUGAAGUUUAUUGACUGUCAUUUAAUAUAGUGGGAAUAUUUUUCCAUUAAUACUACUGUACAUUUAUUUCUACAUUAAUACUAAACAACUACUGCACAUUUGUUAUUAGAACUUAGAAUUUAAUGUGCCUUUUACUGAUUUCAGUAGAAGUAUUAGCAGCAGGUAUUCAGGCCUUCACAGUUGUGGACCUCAUGGAUGUGUAGGUUGAACUAAAGGCCAAGUCAUGGUUUCCACAUGACCGAUGUUGACUUAAAAAGCAGGUAGCAUUUCACUGCCCUUCAUAUUGAGCCCAGAAAAACACUCAAGACUCCUGUGGAUGUUUCAGGAAGUUGUGACUUUAUACUUUUUACAGGAUAAAACUACUAGUUACAGAUUGGAUUGAGGUGUGAUGAGUACAUUGCAUGAACGCAGCACAGGAUAUCUGGAGAAUUUAGGACUUCCUACUGUGUUGGGGUGUCGUUGUUGGAAAGAAUGCACCAAUCAAGCAACUCCAAAGUCCAACAGUGACUAACUUACAAUUACAACUCCUUCAAUAAUGAAUUAUGAAGGUGUGGAUGCUGGAAAAUCUUCUCCAACAGUCUUUUUUUAUAACAGUCAUUCAUUUUUAGCACCAUUUCGUUUGUGGAUGUUUUUGAACAGCUGUUUCUUUGCUCUUUUUACAGGAUAAAACUGCUAGUUCCAGAUUGGUUUCAAGUGUGUCUAGUACAUUGAGCGAACAUAGCACAAGAUAUCUGGAGGAUUUAGAAAUUCCUACUGUGUUUGGAUGUUGUCAUGGGAAAUAAUGUACCAAUCAAAGCAACUGCAAAAUCCUGCAGAGACUAAUUUACAGUUACAGCUCUUACAGUGGUGAAUUAUAAUGGCAUGGAUGCUGGAGAAUCUUCCGCAACAGUCUUUCUUUGUAACAAUCAUUUGUUUUCAGCACCAUUUCAUUUUCCUCACACAUGUAUGGUCACAAAUAUUGGGCUACAUGUGGACUUUUACAGACAAAGCAUGAAUUGCCCUUGUAGCCUUGAUUAUACUCCCUUUACAGCUUUACACACCACAGAUGUGUAGCUGUUUUUUCACUGUUAUACUUUUAUUAGUCUACUUUUUGACUCUGUUUCGAGGGCUCAGUUCCAUACAUGCAUAGUCGGUCAACAUCUAGGUAUUCUGGGCAUGAACGUCAUGAAGUCAUCCAUGGAGGGUCUUUAUGGACUUCCAUGGACAGUGUAGUACUGACCUUGUACUAUUUUCUAGUCCAUACAUGUGCAGUGGUUUUGUCAUAGGAUUAGGGAUAGGAUCUAUCAUCUCCACGCUUCCCAUUCACUGCAAUGCCUUCUGGUAGCAGCACGUUGUGUUUUAAGAGACGGGGCGUCACAUUCGCCGCUACCAAUUAGCCCUAUGGUACAUGUCCACAGGAUUCGUCAGUUUCUCGCAUCCCAGUCAUUGUCUAUGUGAAGCACGUUACAGCGCAUUUCAAGCUGCAAUCUGGUGCAUCGCCUCAGAGGUCGUUGGCCUAAAUUAGUUUAAUUUCUACUUUAUGCAAAUGCAGCGCAGGGAGCAGAGGUUCAACGCAUUGUGAAACGUUUGUGAAACUUCUAAACUAGCCGUCGUUGAACUAAAACGAGGACAGAUUCAGCAGCUUAUUUUUCACUUCAAAUGCUUUCAGAAAUGCUUUCUGCUGAACUGUUUUCAUAAUAAAAGAGAAGUUUGCGACCGAGCCACAAUGUUGUGUUAGGGUUAGCAUCUACCGGACUGAAGGUCUGAAGGGCUGUCAUGUGACCAGCUAGUGGCCACUAAUGAACGCCCACCAAGUGGGCGAUAUUCAGAUGCAAUGUGUUUCUAUGUGAGAAAAAAACGGCCCUGUGGACAUGUAGCUUUAAUAUGAGGUCUUGACUACUUUGUGCACUCAGUGUCUCUGGAAAAUACCAAAAAACUCUUAAAUGAAGACAUAUUUAGUAGUUGCACUCCUUAUUCUUUGUGUCUGAUGUUCUCAGCAAUUCUGUCGAGCUGUUUCAGUUAUUUAAAUUUGCAAAUGCGCCACCGUUUUGGUCCGGUUGGAAAUCCAGGACCAGACGGUGAAGUGUUCAUCCAAUCAGGUGCGGCCAGCAUUUGCACAGUUGGAUAAAUGUUUAGUCUAUUACCACAUUGUGUAGUCAUAUAUCCAUCAAGCGUCUAAUAAUGCCACUAUGGACACAUACUGUUGGACAAGUGACGAAAUUUACGUCAUAGAAACUCUCCUAACUCUGGCCUUCCUUGUAUGCAAUAAGGUGAUGAAAUUACCAAAUACUUCAUAUUUACCUUCUAUGUAUUUGUUGCACCAUUAAAAUGUUACUUUUGUGGUACUAACGUCAUAUAUUUGUACUUAUGAGCUGAUCGUCACAAUGUGGUGCCAUAUACUGUCAGUUUGUGAAUAUUACUGUUUGUAGAGCAAGAUUUUGUAAAAUUACUGUGAAACACUGGUCAGGAUGGAAACAUCCUGAAUAGAAACUGGAGUUCACUGUGUUUUUAAACUUGCUCAGAAUGUUCAACCUCAACUUGUGCACGUGAAGAUUUCUUACUAUUGUUGGUAGAACGAUUAAGAAAAUCUGCACCUGGCAGGUUUUCCUUUAGUUUCUUUUUAGCUGCUACGUUUAAAGACUUCAAACCACAAACCUGGGACUCAUCUUGAGCCACUUUGUGUAUUUUUGUGUAUUCUGAAUAACAAAUAUGUUAACUGUGAGUACAAAUACAUGUUUUCUAAGUAAAAUAGAACUAUGCAAAUACUUCACAUCUCUUCAUCUUGAGGUCCAACAUCUUCAGAUUAACAGGGAACCUCCUGAACACUAUGACAUUUCGGAACGUUCAUGUGUGUUAAAAAAAGUGCCUUUUUCAUUUUUCUAGCAUUUUCUACUGAAGCCUGUAAACCUGAACAAUGAAAUAAACAGUUUUUAAAUCCUGA